AUGAAACAAAAGACAAGACCUCGAAAGCAAAUCCCCAUCCUGUGCUUCAAUGUUAGAUACCUACGGCAAAUAAGGCAGUCCGAAAAUGACUGCUGUGUGCCAGUGGGAGCGAAAGCCAUUUUGUUCCAGACCAAAACGCUCCGGGCACAGCAGUGGUCUCGAAGAUGUGUAGAGGUUGUUUGCCUCUGGCAUGCCGAUACUUCUGAGCGAGACUCUAUACAACACGGGCCAGGGUGA